UAGUUCACUGGGGGUUCAGUCUUAGCAGGACCCAGGGCUUCCCCUUCCACUAGUGCUCUUACUAGGAUAUUCAUUGCUACCUAUGAGGUUGGAGUCCAGGGUCAGUCCAUGUAUAGUCUUUAGGUAGUGGCUUAGUCCCUGGAAGCUCUGGUUGGUUGGCAAUGUUUGUGGUUUCUGUCCUUCCAGAAGACAUAAUUCAUCAAAGCUGUGUUUGAGGCAGUACUUGAUCUAUUGGUGUUAAGGAUGAAAAGUACGGGGCUGGAAGAUGGCUCUGUGGUUAAGUGCACUGGUUGCUUCCCCAGAGGAUUUGGGGAAUUCCCAGCAUCCACAUGGUGGCUCACAGCUGCCUGUAAUUCCAGUCCCAGGAUAUCUAAUGUCCUCUCUGGACCUCCAACGGCACUGGGUACAUAUCGGCACACAGACACAAAUUCAAGUAAAGCAUCCACAUAUAUAAGAUAAACAAACAAACAAAUGUUAAAAAAAAUCUAUUGAAAAUCAAAAAAAAAAAAACUCAGAAAGUCUGAGGAUCUGAAAGCACAAGAGGGACACACAUUUCAGAAUGCUUUCUGCAGCUUCUCUGAAGCCCACGUAGGUGACGUCAAGUAUCAGGAGGACAGGACAUGAAGAGCCAGCCAGGACAGAGUAUGAGAGUCGGCGUAGGUGGGAGACAGGGUAGUAGCUUAGAAGAAUUUAUAAUUGGAGUCACUUAAACACAGUGUGUAGGUGGCAAAUGCCCAGAGAUGAAGUCAAGGCCAGAGUCUAGGAACUCAGACUGAGAAUUGGACCGUGGAGGAUAGAAAUUCCUUCCUGGAAACACAAGGUCCAAACUGGUCCAAACUACCAGUCAUUGAACCCUUACCAUGCCAUUUGACCUUGGCUUAUACUAAGACAUUUGCGCACGUGACACACAGCACACCCACAUUAUGACUCUUAUUUUAUGAGCAAGGAGACUGAGCAAGUAGCAGGGUCAGGAGAGGAACUCACAUCCUCAUCCUAAUGCCUUUACCUUAGAAACACUACCCUGCAUCUUAAGAAGACCUUUUGAAUCUUUGGCUCUUGAGCACAUGUUCCAGACUUCUAAAUUCUCCCUUCCUCUUCAGAUAGCCAUUCCAUUCUUUCCACGGGGCCCUUCUCUCUCACUAGAUCUUAACAUAUUUCUUCAUUUUGCCUUAAAUACACACACACACACACACACACACACACACACACACACACACACACACGUAUGUGUGUGUGUUUACAUGUCACAGCAGUGUAUGUAGAUGACAGUGAAGAGUUAAAUUUCAAAAAGUUAGUCUCAAACAAAGUCCAGACAUGCCUGAGAGAAUUUGAGAUAGGGCUCACCGGCCCGACUAUCAGCUCCCAAGGACACUGGCCAUCUGGAGCCACCCCCUCCCCUUCCUUCACUCCCUGAGGAUGGGUCAUCCCCCUGCUGCAGUGAGAUGAGUUGCCCUGCCCACAUUGCUGAGAUGCUAGAUUACACGUAUGCUUUGUUGAUGUAACUCCGUGCCAAAAGUAACUGUGCACCCUUUGUAUUAGCCAAUUAUGUGUAUCCACACGAAACCCUUGGUUUUCCCUAUAUAAGCUCCUGCCUAGAGAGGCUUGGGGCUUGACUCAAUCUCCUGUGUGGGAUACGAGUCAGCCCGAGAUCUCGUAAAUAAAACUGCCUCUUGCUGAUUACAUCAAGACCGGCUACUCGUGUUUCCUGGGGGUACCCCAACCCGUGACUGGAGCGAGAGUCUCCCCAAGUUUGGGGGUCUUUCAUUGGGGGCUCAUCCGAGAUAGGAGCGUGACCCCCGGAGACCCGAAUGCCUCUUGGAGAUAGCGGAAGUGGGGAUGCCCCAGCUCUGGGAGAUGUUCCAAGAGCCGAAUAUUGUCGGGAGAACCCGGCGACUAACAGUCGAAAAGAUCUGACUGUGACUUGACUUCGGAGGUCGCGUUCGGCUGCCUAUUUAAGUAUAGGCAUGGACAAGUGUGCUUAGAUGUGUUAGUGUCUGUUGUCUGUAUUCUGUUUCUGUGUUUGGUAUCCCAGAAGCAGCUAAGGUUAAGCUGCAGUUUGGGCCAGGUACUGAAGGUACCAGGCAUCUGUGGAAAUUGGUUAUAGGAUGCUUUGUCUUGGUCUUGUUUGUUUGUCUGGUUUGUUUUCUGUGGUAUUGUCCAGUGUCUUUUUGGCUUUUGUUUCGUUUUUGGACUUGGACUGACAACUGUGUUUGAAAUCUUGGACUGACGACUGUGUUUGAAAUCAUGAAACUGUUUGCUUUGUUUGUCAAGGAGUUUUACUUGGUCCUCUUGGUGCUUAACUUAAAAGUUAAAAAUAAUUUGCUUGAGAGAAAUUGUUUUCUGCCGGGGAGUUUUAUCUUUCUCUCUUGAGCCUCCUCCCCAAGGAGAGCUGCCCCUCUCUUUACUCCCAUUGUCCAGCCCAGCUGCUGUUAACCGUUGUGUAUGAAGGACUCCAGGUUAGCGAGUGAUCUGUCUGAAGCAGGCAUUAACAAGAACCUGAAAGCUUUACCUUAGAUCCUGAAGAAAAAUUCUCCCUGUUGCUUAAACAUUCACAGCUUCUAAGGAAGGGACAGCACAGAGUAGGAAAAUGUAGGGGCUGAGGGUGGCAAGCAUUCAGGCCUGCUGGCAAGCUACAGGCUACGCAUGGGCAGCAGCACAGCUCUGGCCAAGUCAGCGUAAGAGGAGUUUCAAGGUAAGGAGGCCGGCUGGGGUUGACGCUUUGACAACAAAAAGAUAGCGUAGAGUUAGUGGUUGUAUUAUGAGACUUUUAGCCCUGAAAAAAAAAAUAAUUCCAGUUGCUGCCUUCAGUGGCCAAACCUUCAACACUUGCUCACAAAAAGAGAGUGUUCAUUAAGAGAAGGUCUUUAAGGGAGCCUGCCAUAUCUGCUGGCCCUAUUCCAAGAGAGGAGUUGAUCUCCAACAUUAAGUAACCUUCCCUGUUAGUCAUCAUUGACAUGGAGAGUGCCUUUGAUCCUAUCCCCACAGCAGCCAGUUCCUGCCCCUGUGGUCAAAAUGCCUCAGGUUGGGGGGCAGAGAAACCCCUAAAAUAGUUUCAAAGAAUCUACAACAAACUGUGAAGAACUUUGUUUUGCCAGUCAAAAUCUAGAAUUCAGGCUUUGGCUGUGGCCAAGGUCAGGAUUAAUGUUUUCUUUUCCAUGGGCCUUUAACCCAGUGAGACAGCUUGGUGAAGGACUACUACUACAGUCCUGAUAGCCCCAGGUGAACUGGUUACAAUUCUUUUGUCAGCCACCUGGCAUCUAACACCCAGGUUCUAACCCUCUCUCCAUCCUUUUGUUAUUAGUUCUUACUAGAAGCCUAGUGUCCUUCAGAGGCUGGGUUUAUUGAGAGACAGAGCCACUGAGCUGGCACUGAAGGGAGGUACUUCUUAAGUAAAAUCUAAGUCCAGAGAGAUAGUCGAUAACAGAUCAGCUGCCUCUCUGCUUGCCUUUCUGUUUCACAGGAACAAAGCUUGUGCUUAUUUCUACAACGGCCUUUUUGUCCCAAGAAGGCCUCAUGGUUUAGCUGUGUGACUAAAUGCUAUUUGUCCUCUUCAGUGGACCUCUAUUCUCAAGAUUCUCUUGUUUUUCUCACCAUCCCAUCUGAGAUGCUUGUUAGUAACUGUUACCGGUCUUCUUUACCACUGAGGAAAGACGGAAUCCUACUAGAGGCCAGAAAGAAUGUUCCAGACAUGGAUGGAAGACCCUCACUCCUGACUGUUGACUUGAAUACCCCUGAAGGACACUGCUCUCUUUGCUUCCAAAUGCCUCAGCUCGGAAACUGUUCCUGAUGGUGUUAAUUAUCUUUGUUUUCUGGGUCGUCUUCAUGACUUCAAAAGACCACACAGAGUUUAUGUUUCAUUUAAAAAACCCCAUCAUUCUGAGACGAUGGAGCAUCUUCAAGGAGUUCUUGCCGUCGGAAGAGCUUCAGAACACACCAUCCUCAGUGGAGGCAGACAUGGCAAUCCUGGAGAAGCUAAACCAGCAGAUCCCGCCCAGACCUUUCCUCAACCAUAGCAGCACCACCAGCGCCAAACACAGCACAGCCACCAUCCUCAACCCUCAGCGUGUGUACUGCAUAGGAGACCAGCUGGACGUCUUGCUGGUGGCCAAGGACUAUUUUGGUCACAGGAAGGAAUAUGGUGGGGAUUUCCUGAGGGCCAGGAUGUCCUCCCCAGCCUUGAAGGCAGGAGCUUCUGGAAAGGUGACAGACUUCAACAACGGCACCUACCUGGUCAGUUUCACUCUGUUCUGGGAGGGCCGAGUCUCCUUGUCUAUCCUGCUCAUGCACCCCAGUGAAGGGGUGUCAGCUCUCUGGAGAGCAAGGAACCAGGGUUAUGACAGAAUCAUCUUCACUGGCCAGUUUCUUAAUGGCACCGCCCAUGUCCUCACCGAAUGUGGCCUUAGCUUAAACACAAGUGGGGAGCUGUGUCAAUAUCUGGAUGCUCGAGAUCACGAGGCCUUCUACUGCUUGAAACUUCGAGGUGUUCCCUGUGAGGCCCUGACCCACAUGACAACCAAGAAUAGUGACGUCUCCUACCUCAGCCUUAAGGAGAAGCUCCUUUUCCGGAGGUUCAACAUAGGAGUUGAAGUGGUGAAGAACUUGGCCAUCACGGUCUCACCGUGUAAGAACAAGACCGAGAGCAAGAAAAGGAAAUGCCAGAUUGGAAUGGAGACUCCUUUCCCCAGUGGCUAUACUUUGAGAGGAAGGUGGAUUACAUCACAUUGUGAACAGAAUGAGUUCAGGGAGAUAAAAUACAUAAAUAAUUGUUUGGCAAGAAAACUGAUCUACCUCAUGGGUGAUUCAACACUGCGCCAAUGGAUUUACUACUUACACCAAGUUGUGAAAACCUUAAAAUUCUUUGAUCAUCAUGGAUCUGGACUCUUUAAAACUCACAUCCUUCUGGACACUGAACGGCAUACUUUGGUUCAGUGGAAAAAGCACAGCCAUCCCUUUGUUACUCAAAAGCUGUUCUCCAUGAAGGAUGACAACUAUAUCCCUCGGGAAAUUGACCAGGUGGCAGGAGACAGUGGUACAGCAAUUGUCAUUAGUUUUGGCCAGCACUUCAGACCCUUUCCCAUCAACAUUUUCAUCCGUAGGGCCAUCAAUGUCAAAAAGGCCAUAGAGAGACUGUUCUUACGGAGCCCCGAGACCAAGGUGAUAAUUAAAACAGAAAACAUCAGAGAAAUAAGUGAAAAUGCAGAGCUAUUCAGUGAUUUCCACGGAAGCAUUCAGAAUCUUAUUAUAAGGGACGUUUUCAGGGACCUCAAUGUGGGUAUUAUUGAUGCUUGGGACAUGACAAUUGCAUAUCGCAGUGAGAAUGUCCACCCACCUGACAGCGUGAUUGAAAGUCAGAUUGGCAUGUUCUUAAACUACAUUUGCUAGAGGGUCUUAAAGUGCAGAGAACAUCUCUAGCCUCCCUACCUCUGUUCUUUCAAAUCUCAUAGGUACUUGCAUAGACAACACAACCUAACACACGAAGAAGCGAAUAUUCAGGAUUGUAGUUUAAUGGACACACCAUACAGUCCGCCACUCAAAUCACUUUUAACCCUACAACUCAGCAGUGCCAAGUGAAGUCCUAUGUCACACCACCAUCACAACAAUCCAGUUUUUGAACAGUUUUACUCAUCCCAAGUAGAAAUCUCGAACCCAUGAAACACCCACUCACCACUUCCUCUGAGCCUCAGACCUUGGCAUCUGCAACUGUACAUUCUGCAUUUGACCGCUUUAAACAUCUCAUGUAGAUGAAAUAGUAAAAGUCGCUGAACUCGUGCCCGGCUUAUUUCACUUAGCACAAUGUCUUUAAGGUUCACCUAUGCUGAAUGUAUGAGAAUGUCUUCCUUUAUGAAGAGUCAACAUAAUUUCUUCCUAUGUAUGUGUUGUGCUUUGAUUUUUGGUUUAUUUGUUGAUGAACAUUUAGUUUGUCUUCGCCUUUUGGGCAUUGUAUAUCUCAGGGCUGUGGAGACGGGCGUGGAUUUAAGGGCUUGUUUCUUCUUCUAAGCUUGAUGUUUAAAUAGUAAAUUUUCAUUGUCCAUUUCUUAUUUUUUAAAUAUUAUUUAAUUAUUUAUGUGUAUGUGUGAGUGUGUCUGUCAGCGAACAUCAGGUGUUGUUUGAGGAUGUCUGCAGAGGCCAGAAGAAGAGGGUUUCAGAUCCUCUCUAGAGUUAUGGGUGGUUGUGACUUGCCCAACGUGGGUGCUGGGAACUGAACUCUGGUCCUCUGGAAGUGUGGCAAGUGAUCUUAAUCAUCCAGCCAUCCUUCCCAGCCGCUGCUGUCUUUAUUUUAAAGGCAUGUGCAGUCCCAAAACACAUAGCUUUGAUGAUCUGCUCAGAAAAAGAUAAUGCUUAGAACGGGACCACGAUAGCAGUGUUCUUGUUCAGCAAAAUUUCUUAAGAUUUGAUACCCAGUUGUUGCUUGGAUUCCACUGUGAUUCAGCGGCCACAGUCCAAAGGCCACAAACUCACUGUGUAAAAUCAACUUCACAUUAUGAGAUGAUGCAGAAUUAUAAGAUCCUGAUUCUAGGUGACACAAGAAGUAUGAUACGGGAGUUUCUCCAACGACCUCAGAUAACUUCAUAAGUAUCCUAGAAUCUUUCUCCUGACAGAAAAUAUAAUUAUCUACUUUUCAAGGUAUAUUUUUUAUUAAGGAUAGUUCCCAUGUUUGGAUUGUGUUUGUGAGUGAAAGAAAGUAAAAUUAUAAUGUUAUAACAUUAACACAAUGAUCAGGUCGUACAGCUUUGGACUGGACUCUAAACAACCCACAAUAAAAGUAUAAAAAAAUGAA